AUGCAACUCACCAGCUUUUUCGCCCUCGCCUUCGCCGCCCUGGCUGCCGCCAGCGCCAUCCCAGCUGAGCUCCAAGAACGGCAAUGCGUCGGCAACCUCGGCGGGUGCAACAAGCGGGCUAGCGCCGCCGUCGGCCGCCAGUGCUGCGGCGGCCUGUUCUGCUGCGGCGUCGUCGGCUCCAACAACGUCUGCCAGACGGCCAACACCUGCGGUGAGCCGGCGUAA